UUCUCCCCGGAUAAAUAGUUGCUAUCUUACUGUCUACGUCAUAUUUAAAUCUAAACACGUAGCACAAGUUUUGCAACUAAAUAUACGCACAAAGGUCAUGUGAUUGUCAAUCACGUUCAAGAUCAUGUGAAAAAAUUAACUCUGAUGCACAUCUAUCAAAUUUUUUUAAGAGUCACAAUAUAGCUAAAGCAGUUAUAGUUAAGGGUUGCCUUUACUUGAUUUGAAAGAUAUUUUGAGUGUUACUCAGCCACUAAUACUCGAACCGAUACCCAAUACAAUAUCCAUGUCGAAAUCGGUAUUAUCCAUACAAUCACAUGUCGUUCAUGGCUAUGUCGGAGGUAAGGCCGCUAUAUUCCCCUUACAAACUCAAGGAUGGGAAGUUGAUAAUAUUAAUACCGUUAAUUUUUCAAAUCAUACAGGUUAUGGAUCAUUUAAAGGAACCAGUAUAGAUGAAUCUAAUGAAUUAAAACCGAUCCUUCAUCAACUUUUUCAUGGAUUACAUAUACCUUAUACUGCAGUAUUAACUGGAUAUGUUCCUAAUUCGAAAUUAAUUGCAUGCAUUGGGGAUGCCAUAACAGAAUUAAAACUGACAUCUCAAAAUCCUUUACUUUAUUUGUUAGAUCCAGUAAUGGGAGAUAAUAAUUAUCUUUAUGUCGAUGAAUCAUGUAUAACACAAUAUAGAUCAUUUUUAGAUCGUCAUAUUGUCGAUAUAAUAACUCCAAAUCAAUUUGAACUAGAAUUACUUAUUGAUUCUCCUAUUAAAUCGGUAGCCGAUUUAAAGAUUGCCAUGGCCAAAUUACAUCUCGUUCAUAAUAUCAAAUACGUCGUAAUCACUAGUUUAAAUGCAUCAAUAUUUGAUGAUCAAGAAGAUUCUUCAAAUAGUAAUGGAGAUGGAUAUAUCUACUGUGCAUGUUCAAGUAUAUCAGCAAUUAAUCAUGUUGAAAUAUUUAAAAUUAAUAUUAUAAAGUCAUAUUUCACGGGUGUAGGAGAUUUAUUCUCUGCCCUAUUAUUAGACAAACUAUACACAAAUUUACAAAAUCUUAAUGAUGAUGUAAGAGUUUUAUCUCGCUCAGUCAAUCAGGUAUUGACUAUUAUGUCUAAAACCCUUAAAUUAACUCAUUCAUUAGGCAUAAAACAAUUCAAUCAAGCUCAAGCUCAUAAAAAGACAACUCCAUCCACAGUUGUUGGUAAAAUUAAUGACGCAGAUUCAAUGAAAUAUUUUGAAUUAAAAAUUAUUCAAGCCAGACCCUAUUACGACUAUGAUGGUCCCGGUGAAUUUACAUCUCUGUUACUAAAAGUCGAUUUAUAGAUUAGUACAAUAUAAAAUUAUUCAUAGAUAUUUCUUUUCAUUUCAUUAUUGUUAUACAGUACCUUAAUAGUAAAGAUAACUAACCCUUUGCGUCAUAACCGAUUGUCUAGUCUCUGUACGAACUGACUCAUACUCCGUAAAGCGGUCGCAUUUUCACUCCUCUUUCGGACACCACCCAAAUUUUUUGUGCAAUAUAUCAGCCCGCAAAAUACGU